AUGGCGUCCUUACCACCCAACGAUCAGGUCGUGUUCAUUAUGAAUGUCCUCCAGAACACCGAGAUGCCGAAACCCGACUAUCACGCCGUUGCCAGGAAUACUGGAUCCACAAGUGCCAACACUGCGUAUGUGACCGUGGCCCAUUCCACUGCCUCUUCUCCUUCCCUCGAGUCCUCAGAUGAACUGACAUUGGCACGAAUUAGCCAGAAGAAAUUCAAAGCCAUAGCCAAGGCGGCUGGGUUUGAUCUUGUCAACGACCGCAUCGUCAGAAUUGGCGAUCCCGUCAUUCCAAGCCCGGCAGCUGCAAGCCGGACCAAGAAGCGUGCUGCUGGCGGCAACAAAGCGGCAAACAGCACUCCAAAGAAGAAAACCACCGACAAUGGCGGCACUCCUGUCAAGGGAAGCAAGAAGAGAAAAAUCGACGAUGUCGCCGAGGAUGCCCAGGAUGAAAUGAACGGCAACGAUCAGCAGACCACCGAGGAGGAGAGCGCCAAAGGGAAGGCUCUCAACGGAGGAGAUGCAGAAUGA